AAUGAAAUUAAUAUAAACAUUUCAUUUGGUUGCAUUUAAGCUUCUCCAGCCCUCUUACAAGGGGCUGGUGUUGCUCUCCAGUCCGGUCACAGGUAUUUUUGUCCCAGGACCUUUUGCUGACAAUUCCAGUUUCCAAAAAAAAAAAAAAAAACCAUUUGGGCGAUGGUGAGGGCUUCGAUCCCUUCUCUGAUUUGCUGUCAACCAUGAACGGGUGGAUGUGAUGCUUGCUGGCCAAAAGGUGUCCCUCCGUGUGUUGCAGUCCUGUGGCAUCAUGCGUGCCUCCAACCAGUGACCCCCAGGCUUUUUAUGGCUGUGAGACACGAUAAAAGUUCAGGGGUAAGAAGUGACCUUUUGAGGUGACUAUACCUGAAGAUUGCUUUCCAGAAGCCAAAAAAGGUUUUUGAGUCAUGAUGCAAGAAUCUGGGACUGAGACAAAAAGUAACGGUUCAGCCAUCCAGAACGGGUCGAGCGGCGGCAACCACUUGCUCCAGUGCGGGAGUCUUCGCGAAGGACGGUCCAACGGGGAGACGCCAGCCGCGGACGCGGGGGCCGCCGAGCUCGUGCACGUGCAGCAGCAGCAGCAGGCACUUCAAGUGGCCAGACAGCUUCUCCUUCAGCAGCAACAACAGCAGCAAGUUAGUGGAUUAAAAUCUCCCAAGAGGAAUGACAAACAACCAGCCCUUCAGGUUCCCGUGUCAGUGGCUAUGAUGACACCUCAAGUUAUCACUCCCCAGCAAAUGCAGCAGAUCCUCCAGCAACAAGUGCUGAGCCCUCAGCAGCUCCAGGUCCUCCUCCAGCAACAGCAGGCCCUCAUGCUCCAACAGCAGCAGCUUCAAGAGUUUUAUAAAAAACAACAGGAACAGUUGCAGCUUCAACUUUUACAACAACAACAUGCUGGAAAACAGCCUAAAGAGCAGCAGCAGGUGGCUACCCAGCAGUUGGCUUUUCAGCAGCAGCUCCUCCAGAUGCAGCAGCUCCAGCAGCAGCACCUCCUGUCUUUACAGCGCCAAGGCCUCCUUACGAUUCAGCCAGGGCAGCCUGCCCUUCCCCUCCAGCCCCUUGCUCAAGGCAUGAUUCCAACAGAACUGCAGCAGCUCUGGAAAGAAGUGACAAGUGCUCAUUCUGCAGAAGAAACCACAGGCAGCAAUCACAGCAGUUUGGAUCUGACCACGACAUGUGUCUCGUCCUCUGCACCUUCCAAGACCUCCUUAAUAAUGAACCCACAUGCCUCUACCAAUGGACAGCUCUCAGUCCACACUCCCAAAAGGGAAAGUUUGUCCCAUGAGGAGCACCCCCAUAGCCAUCCUCUCUAUGGACAUGGUGUAUGCAAGUGGCCAGGCUGUGAAGCAGUGUGCGAAGAUUUCCAAUCAUUUCUAAAACAUCUCAACAGUGAGCAUGCGCUGGACGAUAGAAGUACAGCUCAAUGUAGAGUACAAAUGCAGGUUGUACAGCAGUUAGAGCUACAGCUUGCAAAAGACAAAGAGCGUCUGCAAGCCAUGAUGACCCAUCUGCACGUGAAGUCUACAGAACCCAAAGCCGCCCCUCAACCCCUGAAUCUGGUAUCAAGUGUCACACUCUCCAAGUCUGCAUCUGAGGCUUCUCCACAGAGCUUACCUCAUACUCCGACGACCCCAACCGCCCCCAUCACUCCCGUCACCCAAGGCCCCUCCGUCAUCACCACCACCAGCAUGCAUACGGUGGGACCCAUCCGCCGGCGGUACUCGGACAAAUACAACGUGCCCAUUUCUUCAGCAGAUAUUGCGCAGAACCAAGAAUUUUAUAAGAACGCAGAAGUUAGACCACCAUUUACAUAUGCAUCUUUAAUUAGGCAGGCCAUUCUCGAAUCUCCAGAAAAGCAGCUAACACUAAAUGAAAUCUAUAACUGGUUCACACGAAUGUUUGCUUACUUUCGACGCAAUGCUGCCACGUGGAAGAAUGCAGUGCGUCAUAAUCUUAGUCUUCACAAGUGUUUUGUGCGAGUAGAAAACGUUAAAGGGGCAGUAUGGACAGUGGAUGAAGUAGAAUUCCAAAAACGAAGGCCACAAAAGAUCAGUGGUAACCCUUCCCUUAUUAAAAACAUGCAGACCAGCCACGCCUAUUGCACGCCCCUCAAUGCAGCUUUACAGCAGGCUUCGAUGGCUGAGAAUAGUAUACCUCUAUACACUACCGCUUCCAUGGGAAAUCCCACUCUGGGCAACUUAGCCAGCGCAAUACGGGAAGAGCUGAACGGGGCAAUGGAACAUACCAACAGCAACGAGAGCGACAGCAGUCCAGGCAGAUCCCCUCUGCAAGCCGUGCAUCCCGUGCAUGUCAAAGAAGAACCCCUCGAUCCAGAGGAAGCUGAAGGACCUCUGUCCUUAGUGACAACAGCCAACCACAGUCCAGAUUUUGACCACGACAGAGAUUACGAAGACGAACCAGUAAAUGAGGACAUGGAGUGAACGUCUCUGGGCGGGGGCCAACCCCAAGAACGAAGAUUGGGAAACAAAACAAAACAAAACAAAAAAACAAAACACGUCAAAAGUUAGCAGUGAAAUUGUUCUCCAUUUGUUGUACAGUCUGGAGGAUUUUCACUACAUUUUGACAACGCUGAAACGUGUUAACUCUUAGUGCCAUCAAGAAUCCCAUUUGGGAGUAUUUUUGAUUUUUCUACUUUUUGUUGAAAAAAGGAAUUUGUACUCUGUGCAUUGGAUGGACUUGUUUGGUACUUGGGAUUUUCCUCUCUUAACAGUCAACAUCAGUGUUGUAAAUUUGCUAAACUGAUUCACUUUUAGCAGCAGACUUUGAACUGCAGUCCUGCCAACGUUGGACACUGAGGACACCCAACUGAGCAUGUGCACCUAAGCUGCAGACCAAGCCUCUGCCCAGAAUUUAAGGAUUCCAAUGGACGACCUAUUUGCACAGUACUGCAUGUUGAUUAUCACUGCCUUUACUCCUUUUUUUUUUUUUUGGUUCGUUUUUGUUCUCGUUUUGCUUCCAGUUGGGAUGGGGAAGGCCUUUGUGUGUGUAUUGGGGGGAGGGGGUUAAAAAGUAAUUAUCCCAAACUUUUUAAUGUAUUGCUUUUUUUUUUUUUUUUUUUUUUUUUGUUCUACUAUACCAUUUUAAGUUCUGACCUCAGGCCUCCAUUUGGGCCCACGGCCUCCUGGAGGCUUCAAGUUUUCUGUACCUUGUGAUGAAUGUUAAAUAGGUGUUUUUAUUAUACAAAAGCUGAAUGUCAUUUCUCGUUCGUAGUUUUCUGUCACUCAUUCCAGUUUCCUUCAGACAUCACCACGUUUUCUCCAAAGUCAGAAAACAUUCCGUUUUGGUCUUUUUCAAAAAAAGGUCCCAAAUGCUGCACUCUACACAUGAAGGUCCUCUCACACAGACGUGAAGUCCUGCCAGAAAGAGAAUGAAUGACAGAAAAAAAAAAAAAGGAAGAAUAGAGACACCCUAGGAACAAUGCAGAUUCAUUCCACGAAGCAGUAUUGGAGGUGGGAAGGGGGUUGUUUGGGAUUUGGUUUCGGGUUUUUUUGGGUUUUGGUUUUUGGUAUUGUCUUUUUUUUUUUUUUUUUUUUUUGCAGCUACCAUUGCAGUUAAUAAAUGCCACAGCAUUUCCCCAGCUCAAGGAAACCCAGGCAGCACUCCCCUACCCCCCACCCCCACCCUGCAGAUCUCCUACUAGAUGGUGUGGCCAUGGAAGGCUCUCCCUCGGGUGACCAGGUUGCCAUGGGCCACAGGCUCGCUGAGGCUGAAACCUGCUUGGGUUGCUUUGUUUGCAAAACGGCCAAAAAAGCUGGCUUCCCUGGGCAACUCCACUGAAAGCGGUGGCAGCGCUGAAUUUAACCAACAGUCCAGACCUGCUUGGUGGCAUUAAUCUGUUUGAAUGCAAAUAAGAUUUCAGAUUGAAUUUGUUAUGGAAGUUAAUGAGGACUGAGUUCCGCAAAUGCGAAAGUGUUCAUUUCAAACGUAGAAAUUCGGUACUGCGGUUCAGUUUGUUACGCAAUAUUAUCACCCCGAGCCAGCAUCCCAAACUAACAGCAGACAACAUCGAGGAGUCGGGGGCGCAUGGCGCCCCUGGCCAUUUGGAGAAACAAACAUGGCGCACAGAACAUGACAGUCCUCAGUCAGUACAACCUCAGUCCUUAGAACCCCUCAACGCCUCCACUCUGCACCCACUUUCCUGUCACUCGUUUAUUUAUCUAGGACCGUAGUUUUUGUUUUGUUUUACUUUGAGAGCCUUUCGGAGCUUAAUUUAUAUUCUUUGUACCUUCUUUUUUUUUUUUUCUAAAAUUACCAAAGAUAUUACACAAAGGUAAAUUAUGUUCUCUGUUUUAUGCUUUAUCUGAUGAAGCCAAAUAUCCUCUUAUUGUUGAUCAAAGGAGGCGAAAGAAUUUAGAGGCAAUUAAUGAGUUCUAGGCUAUUGCUAACCUGAGAAAGAGAACUGCUCCUUCAUCAUAGAAAAAAUUUAGAAGACCAAGUAGGUAAUGGAACCAAAGUUGUUACCUUUUUUUUUUUUUUUUUCUUGUUCUGUACCUCAACAGAGACCAAAACUCAUAACAAGAGGUUACGGGGCUGCUGAAAGUAUUACAGGAGCAAGGGAAGGAAGGGAGUCCCAUCUCAGAAACAUGAAUGGAUGCCACUGCAGAUUAGGGAGUAACCAGUAAGGGAGACGGUCAAGACACAAUGGAAAGAAAACAGAAAAGCUUCGACAAUGCAACUCAAUCACAUAGUACCAUUUCUAGAAUACAUUUUUUUGUUUGUUUUUCAGAAAGAUUGUAUGCCACUUUGAUUUUAAGGACCAUGCUAGGAUCACUGCAUCACUUUUGCUCUGUCUGGGCAUUGAUCUUCCGGGGUUCUUUUUGUUUUUGUUUUUGUUUUUUUAAUGUUUUCCUUUUUCCUUCUUUUUUUUCUAAUUAGGCUUUGGGUCAGCAUUUUUCAUUUAAAAGAAAGAAAGAAAGAAAGAAAGCAACACUCCCGUCCACUCAUAAGCUUGGUACAAAAACUUCUUUGCCAGUUUCUUUUGAAGCUUCACUCUGCUUUCUGUAUAAAGGGCAGUCUGUGGUCACUCGAGAUUUCUUUUUUUUUUCUUUCUUUUUUUUUUUUUUUUUAAACUUUUCCAGGCAGCUUCAUGAUGUGCAGGCAGUAGCCAGACAGGGUCAUGGGAAGGGGGCCCUGUGCUUCUAAACUGAGUGGUUGCUGGUUAGUUUGGUAUUCAAAAGAGGAUAAAAAUCUGGUAGAUUAGUUCAUUCUCAGCAUGUGUAGCUAGACAUGAGUAAAGAUAACAGCAUGAGAAACUGUUAGUACGCAUACCUCAGUUCAAACCUUUAGGGAAUGAUGAAAAUUUAAAAAAAAUACAUUUCACUCAGUUGCACUUAGUCGUAUGUCUUGCAUGCUUAGUCUAAAGACUGUAGCAAAAAGAAAAAAAAAAAGAAAAAUUAGAUUAUACAUAUCUUUGCAGGUAUCACAGCCCUGCAGAAGAACCAACUGAAAAAAAAAUUCUCAGGCUUUACAGCAAGCAAACUUCACUAUGAUUUUUACAAUUCUGAUUCUGUAUCCCUUGGGGGGGGGGUGUUCCAGUCGCUUCUUUAGGAUGGGGUUUAUUACGUUGUACAUAUAUUCCAAUGUGUCUGUGUGAAUCUUUGUCUUUUUUGGGGGAGGGCGGAGGGCGGUUCUUUUUUUAGAUAUUGUUCCUAAAAAGGAAUAAAUGCAUACACCUGUUUUGUCAAAACACCUUUGCUUUUUGUGCAACUGCUUUAUAUUAAUGAUACUAAAAAAAAUAGCUUUGGAAAAAAACUACUGUAUGUAAUGGGAUUGCAGAAUAUGCUGCACAUGUAUUUUAUUUAGUUAUCCUUGCUUUAAGAAUAUUGGAUGACAUUUCCUGACAUGUGGGAGGGAGAAAUUCCCUAACCUUUUUUUUCCCCUUUGGCUUUUAAAUUGUAACAUAGUUGACAGGUUUUGUUUUGUUUUGUUUUGUUUUUUUCUGUUCUCAUUGAUCAGAGCAUUUUGUACAGAUUUGUGUGUGUGUGUGUGUGCGCGCGUGCGCGUGUGUGUUAAUCUGUUUUUUGAUACAUUCCUAUCCCUUGUGUUUAUUCUACCACUGCCUUCCUGGCUAUCUUAAACCAGUUCAUACAUUUGAAAAGAGAAAAAAAAAAUGCUGUUUUAAAAAAUGUUUUCUCCUGCUGCAGUAAAUAUUUUGCAUGAUGAAAUGCCAGGGUCACACUUUCAAAGUUUAUCAGUGAAGUAGUGAUUAAUAAUGGGGAGUUGUCAAAGCUAUUGAACUUUUUGUAUUAAAAAAAAAAAAAAAAAAGGAAAACUUUACAAGGUGCCAAGAUGUAAAGACAAUUUGUUACUUUUUUUUUCUUUUUUCCAAGAAAAGCGUAUUUUAGGGAGAGAGUCCCUUGUAUCAGGCAAACGCACUGUCAGGAAUGAGAAUCCAUCCUCCUUGUCUCUAGAGUCUGUCCUUGUAAGAGAGUGACGCUGCCUGCAGUGAACCAGCCGCGAGAUGAAGCAUCAAGGCUACUGUACGUGCCCAGUGACCACCAGCCUCACCACCUUGGGACGGCUCUGACACUAGUCCCUGCGUUCCGUCAGACCCAGUCAAGAAGACCUGGGAUUCUGCACCCACAAUCUGAUGGAUGUAAAUCACUAGCUAUUUUAUCAUUAUUAAAAAAAAAAAAGUUAAAAAAAAUAUUUCCUCUCCUUCCACAUUCCAGCUGAGCUCUGUUUCCAAGGGUACAAAGAACAUGCUCAUAAGGAUUUUGAAUUUUGGGGGGGUACCUGUUGGUUCACGGGAUUCCCCUCUUGAUAUUUUGGAUGUUUUUGAAUGUCAGUUUCGCUUUUUUAUCCUGAGAAUGAGACUUAACGAUUCUAAAGGCAUUUUAUGGGCCCAGUUUGGUUCGCACGAUCCCUGCUACCCAGAAGCCUCGAGGAAGAGGGUCCAGUCCGGAUUGUGCGUACGGUGCUUUGUGGAUAUGUGCUGCCAGGAACGAGAAUUUUUUGUUUCGUUUUGUUUUGAUAAGGCAUAAAAGAAACUCAUUCCUUGACAUCAACUGUAAUUCCAUCAUUCCGUGUCUGUGGAUACAGACAAUAAAAAAAAAAAAUGUUGUGUAGUCAGUACUCAUUACUGACAUGAUGGCAUUCUCAAAUGCAAUAAACAUGCUGGUUGUUCACACUGGUAGUAAAAAGUC